AUGCCGCCUGCUGCAGAAAAUCAGGCAAAAUCAAAGCCAACCAAAGUCCGAAAGGCAUCGGUAAUGCCUGAAGACCAAACUCAAGAAGAAGAAGUUGUUGGCAUUCUAAUGGAAAUGGGCCAAAGAGGCCUUGCUUCACCCCCCAAUCCGAGCAGCAAUGUGCCUUCAUAUGACCAAGUGAACCCCCACAACAAGGCCCCUGCACCUACGAUGCCGAUGAUAAACACCCACUCAACAGCAACAGCUGUGGCAUCAAAAGAACCUGAAGUUGCGGGUAGGGCCAAGUCUACACCUGAAGUGUCGACAGGUGUAAGUAUACCAGGAAGUAGCAGUGGUGGUGGUGGUGGUGAUAGCCAUGCUGCUGGAGAGGAUGGGGCAGCAGUGACGCCAGCGACUGAGGAAGCCAGAGAUAGCGGUUCCCUGGCUCGUCUCUUUUUGCAGCAAAUGGGGCUGAAUAGUCAGUUGAAUGCCCUGCAGGAUGAGAUCGUCAGCAUCACAGAGGCAGAGAUCAGCCAUAAUAACCAAAUGCAAAAGGUGAUUCUUGUUGAAGUCCAGCCCAAGGACCAGAAGCAGACUGUCGUGCAUAUGUACCUUGUGUCACGCACUGAUGAUGCUCAGUCAUCUGCUGAUGGUAGUGGUGGCCAGGUGACAGUAUCCGAGGCUCAGCCUCUAGCCCUUCCACCUUCUAUGUCCAGCCUUUCAGAUACACCGCCCAGUGAUAUUAGUUUAGUUAGCGGAACAGAAUCCUGUCCUGUUUCAGAUAUUGCAACAACAACAACAAAAACAACAAGCAGCUGA